AUGAGCUCAGUCGCUGUACUUACGCAGGAAAGUUUCAAUGAGCACCGCAAUGGGCUCAUGCCAGAGCAGGUUGGAGGAGGACCAGCUGUUGUGGCAGGACCCAGCGUUGUUGGAGAGGAGGAGGACGCCCUUCCGACCUAUAAGGACGCCUUCCCUCCUCUCCCCGAGAAGGCCAUGACGCCUGAGGCCACCCAGGAAACCACCAACGCCUGGGCCAACAAGAUCCGGCCUCUCAAGUCUUCUGUUAUCACCCAGGUUUUCCAUGUGCCACUCGAGGAGCGCAAGUACAAGGACCUCAACCAGUUUGGGGAGGGCGACCAGGCGAAGGUCUGUGUUGACAUCAUGCAUAAGACUGGAGCCCAUCUGGAGCUCUCCUUGGCUAAAGACCAGGGCCUCUCCAUCAUGGUGUCGGGAAAACCAGACGCCGUGAUGAAGGCUCGCAAGGAAAUCGUGUCCCGACUGCAGACUCAGGCCUCGGCUACUGUUGCUAUCCCUAAGGAGCACCAUCGCUUUGUCAUCGGAAAAAACGGGGAAAAGCUUCAGGAGCUUGAGCUGAAGACUGCCACCAAAAUCCAAAUCCCACGACCGGAAGACCCCAGCACCCAGAUCAAGAUCUCCGGAACAAAGGAGGGCCUAGAGAAGGCCAGGCAUGAGAUCCUGCUAAUCUCAGCUGAGCAGGACAAGCGUGCAGUGGAGAGGGUGAGCAUGGAUAAAGUGUUCCACCCGUUCAUCACUGGUGCCUACAGCAAAGUGGUGUCAGAGAUGAUGCAGGAAACUGGCGCCCGGAUCAACGUGCCCCCUCCAAGUGUCAACAAAACCGAGAUCGUCAUCACCGGAGAGAAGGAGCAGGUGGCCCUUGCUAUGGUUCGCAUCAAGAAGAUUUAUGACGACAAGAAGAAGAACACCACCACUAUUGCUGUGGAGGUGAAGAAGUCCCAGCAUAAAUAUGUGAUCGGCCCCAAGGGAAACACUCUGCAGGAGAUUCUGGAUCGAACUGGUGUGUCCGUCGAAAUCCCACCAUCCGACAGCAGCUCUGAAACUGUCAUCCUUCGUGGGGAGCCCGACCGCCUGGGUCAGGCCCUCACUGAAGUCUAUGCCAAGGCAAACAGUUACACCGUUUCCUCGGUCACAGCUCCCUCUUGGCUUCAUCGUUUCAUCAUCGGCAAGAAGGGACAAAACUUGGCAAAGAUCACCCAACAAAUGCCCAAGGUGCACAUUGAGUUCACCGAGGGAGAAGAGAAAAUCACCCUGGAGGGACCUACCAAAGAUGUACAGAUGGUGCAAAGCCAAAUUGAAGCUAUUGUUACAGACUUGAUAAGCCGUAUGGACUAUACAGAGAUUAGUGUGGACCCCAAGUUCCAUAGACAUCUAAUCGGGAAAGGAGGCGUUAACAUCAACCGCAUUAAAGAGGUGCACAAGGUCACCGUGCGGAUCCCUCCUGACAGCGAGAAGAGUAACUUGAUACGAAUUGAAGGAGAUCCACAGGGUGUUCAGGAAGCCAAGAAGGAGCUGCUGGAGCUGACGUCACGCAUGGAGAAUGAGCGUACAAAGGACCUGAUCAUUGAACAGCGUUUUCAUAGAGCCAUCAUUGGCCAAAAAGGGGAAAAGAUCAAAGAAGUGAGGGACAAAUUUCCCGAGGUUAUCAUCAACUUCCCCGACCCGGCACAAAAAAGUGACAUUGUCCAACUCAGAGGCCCAAGAACUGAGGUGGAGAAAUGCUCCAAAUUCAUGCAGAAGAUUGUGGCUGAAAUGGUGGAGAACAGCUUCUCUGUCUCAGUCCCAAUCUUCAAGCAGUUUCACAGAAAUAUAAUUGGCAAAGGAGGUGCUAACAUAAAAAAGAUUCGUGAAGAAACAAACACUAAAAUUGACCUGCCUGCUGAAAAUAGCAACUCAGAAAUGAUCAUAAUUACUGGGAAAAAAGCUAAUUGUGAGGCUGCACGCGUUCGCAUUUUGGCCAUUCAGAAGGAGCUGGCAAACAUCUCUGAAAUCGAGGUGUCCAUCCCCUCCAAGCUGCACAUCUCUCUGAUCGGUUCGAAGGGGCGUCUGGUACGGUCCAUCAUGGAGGAGUGUGGGGGGGUGCACAUCCACUUUCCCACUGAGGGCUCUGGCAUCGACAAGGUGACGAUCCGGGGGCCAGUGGAGGAGGUGGAGAAGGCCAAGCAACAGCUGCUGGCCCUGGCUGAGGAGAAGCAAACUAAGAGCCACACUGCUGAGCUGCGUGCGAAGCCGGAGUACCACAAGUUCCUGAUCGGGAAAGGAGGCGGAAACAUCCGUAAAGUCCGCGACAGCACCGGCGCUCGCAUCAUCUUCCCCACGGUGGACGACCAAGACCAGGAGCUCAUCACUGUGGUGGGCACCGAGGAGGCCGUGAAGGAGGCGCAGAGGGAGCUGGAGGAGCUCAUCAAAAGUCUGGAUAACGUGGUGGAGGACACUAUGAGCGUGGAUCCAAAGCACCAUCGCUACUUCGUGGCUCGACGCGGACAGGUCCUGAGAGAUCUGGCGGACGAGUACGGAGGAGUGAUGGUCAGCUUCCCCCGAACCGCAUCUGGGAGCGACAAAGUUUCUCUCAAAGGAGCCAAAGAAUGCGUGGAAGCUGCUAAGAAACGUAUGCAGGAGAUUGUCGAGGACCUGGAGGCUCAGGUGACAGUGGAGUGUGUGAUUGCUCAGAAAUUUCACCGCUCCAUCAUGGGCCCCAAAGGCUCCAGGAUCCAACAGAUCACCAGAGACCACAACGUACAGAUCAAGUUUCCUGAUCGGGAGGAUCCUCAAGCUGCUGCGUCCCCCACUGAAGCACCAGCACCGCCACAGGAGAAUGGAGAGGCCAACGGCGAGGUGAAAGAACCAGUGGAUCCAAACGCACCCAAAAAGUGUGACGUUAUAGUGAUCUCCGGAAGAAAGGAGCGCUGUGAAUCUGCUGUGGAAGCAUUGAAAGCCUUGGUUCCCGUCACUAUUGAGGUGGAAGUGCCUUUUGAGCUACAUAGAUACAUUAUUGGACAGAAAGGAAGUGGAAUUCGUAAGAUGAUGGACGAAUUUGAGGUGAACAUUCAAGUGCCUGCACCUGAGCAACAGUCCGACAAAAUUGCCAUCACCGGCUUGUUCAAUCACCUUGACCGCGCCAAAGAGGGUCUCUUGGAUCGCGUCAAAGAGCUGCAAGUGGAGCAGGAGGAUCGGGCACUCAGGAGCUUCAAACUGACCAUCACUGUGGAACCCAAGUAUCACCCUAAAAUCAUCGGCCGAAAGGGUGCCAUCAUCACGAACAUCCGCACGGAGCACGAUGUGAACAUCCAGUUUCCAGAGAAGAACGAUGAGAACCAGGAUCAGAUCACUAUUACAGGGUAUGAGCACAAAGCCAUAGCUGCACGUGAUGCUAUUCAAGCCAUUGUGGACGAGCUGGAGGAGAUGAUCUCUGAGGACAUGACACUAGACAGCAGGGUCCACGCCCGCAUCAUCGGAGCCCGCGGCAAAGGCAUCCGCAAGAUCAUGGACGAGUUUAAGGUUGACCUCAGAUUUCCUCAGAAUGGAGCUGCUGACCCCAACCUUGUGACAGUCACCGGUCGCCCUGAACACGUGGAUGAAGCCAUCGACCACCUCCUCAACCUUGAAGAAGAAUAUAUGGGAGAUGUGACUGAGAACGAGUCAAAGAUGACGUACAUGAGGCAGUCCGGAGGUGGUGCUGGGGCCUCUGAUGACCACCGUGGGGGGCCUUCCAAGGGCUUUGUGGUGAGGGAGGCUCCUUGGGCAGCUGGCAGUGAGAAGGCUCCUGACAUGAGCAGCUCUGAGGACUUCCCCAGUUUUGGAGCCCCGGUGGCCACAAAGACCUCCCCUUGGGGACCUAAGCGCUUCUAA